AUGGAUAAACACUUUGAGUUCGGGAGCCUCAGCUCCAGUAACACCUUAUUCGACUCAGGACUCUCAUCAGUGUUGACCGGCUCAGCGAGCAAUAGCAUAACGUCGGGUUCUCCGCCAUUGGCUUUCUCCUCCAACUAUAUAGAACGGCCUGAUUCGCUUUUCUCGGAAGUGAAAGUGCCGAAAAGAAAAGCCUCUUCUUUCACCACCUUCUCAUACUCGUACCUUUCCUUUAAUUGUAAGGUGGUAACUACCCGCUAUUGA